GGGCGGAGCUGCGUACUUUGUCCGCCCGCGCGGCCCGUCGCCCGCGCCGCGGCGGGAAAAUCCGACCUGGCCGCGCACCACUGCCCUUUCUCGGCCCUCCUGCGUUUGCCCAGGGUCUGCCCGCAGUGAUGGAGGAGGAGGCGGAGACCGAGGAGCAGCAGCGAUUCUCUUACCAACAGAGGCUAAAGGCAGCAGUUCACUAUACUGUGGGUUGUCUUUGCGAGGAAGUUGCAUUGGACAAAGAGAUGCAGUUCAGCAAACAGACCAUUGCGGCCAUUUCGGAGUUGACUUUCCGACAGUGCGAAAAUUUUGCCAAAGACCUUGAAAUGUUUGCAAGACAUGCGAAAAGAACCACAAUUAACACUGAAGAUGUGAAGCUCUUAGCCAGGAGGAGUAAUUCACUGCUAAAAUACAUCACAGACAAAAGUGAAGAGAUUGCUCAGAUUAACCUAGAACGAAAAGCACAGAAGAAAAAGAAGUCAGAGGAUGGUAGCAAAAAUUCAAGGCAGCCAGCAGAGGCUGGAGUGGUGGAAAGUGAGAAUUAAAGUCCCUCACCGCUUGGAGAAUGCAGCCUUCUACAGGUAGAGCCACCUAGAAAUGCAUAUGGCUGCAAAGGAAACUUUGAAGGGUUAAAUAGAGAUUUAAAAAAAUAAAAUAAAAAGGCUGGGCUAGGGGGCUUUUCGUGCUGAAUUCUCCACAUUGUUAACUGCAAAAGCUAGGUUUAGAGAAUGGGAAAGUCUUAAGCAAAAUACUCCCAGGUCUCACUCCAGAACAUAAAAAUGGUGUGUGAUUGAAUGGUAUAUAUUAGAAAUUACAUCUAUUGUAAUUAAAAUUGUGUGAGCAAUUAAACAUGGUUGACUUUUUCAAGCAAAAAUCAGUUCAUCUUUUGAUGUAAUUUUCUAGGCUAAAUGAGAAUCUCUGAAAGAUGAAUAAAGCUAUAUUUAUUUAG